AUGUUUCCCAGUCGUUUACUCUUCGCUUUAUCAACUGUUUUGUUGUGUGUCCAGGCAGCUACGGACGCUGUGAUCACCCACAAAGUGUACUUUGACCUUGCACACGGCGAAAAGACCGUUGGUCGGGUGGUGCUUGGACUCUUUGGCGAAGUUGCGCCAAAAACAGUGCAGAAUUUCUACGAACUGGCCACUUCCGAAGACCCAAAUAUGGGCUAUAUCAACUCGACAUUCCACCGUGUGAUUCCUAACUUUAUGAUUCAGGGUGGAGACUUCACUGACCACUCUGGAAUUGGCGGGAAGUCGAUCUACGGUGCCACAUUUAAAGAUGAAUCGUUUGCUUUGAAGCACGACAAGCCUGGCCGCUUGUCAAUGGCCAAUCGGGGCCGCAACACCAACGGGUCGCAGUUCUUUGUUACCACCGUGGCGACCCCAUGGCUAGACGGCAAACACGUUGUGUUUGGCGAAGUGGUCGAAGGUAUGGACGUGGUAUCAUACGUGGAAGGAGUCGCGACAGGUGCCAUGUCGCGUCCAAAAGAGACUGUGCGUAUUGUGGGCUGUGGCGAGAUCGAGACUGUGCCAGUCCAGGAGAAGCGCAAGGAGACCCGCGACGAUGCACACGACGAAUUGUAG